AUGAAGAUUGGCAAGUACACUCCUGCAGUUCCAAGUCUAGGUACACAAAUCUCUGCAACAAAGCCAUGGGCUGGAUUUGUUUGGAAGUCUCGAGGAAGUCCAGAAAAUGAUCCCGUGAAAUACUUUCCUGGUGGAUACAAGAAGGAGAUUGAGAGACGAGAAAAGGAAGAUGUCAAAUCAAGCAAUGAAGAUAUCAGUUCAACAUGCGUUGAUAUUGAGGGCUGGGUAGCAAAUGCCACUACUACUACCGAUGCUUCGAAGGGAUUGGAUAUUCUAGACUGGAGGGGCACUAUGGACACAAGCCUGAAUUCUUUAGCUCGCUUGGCAAUGGCCUCGGAAUCGGACUCAUACGUAGCAUAUGAGAAGCCUAACGCCGAAAGCUUGGAACCAUACGAUUCAUCAAGAGACAACAGCCAACCUCAAGUUAGAGAGAAACCUGCUAAGUGGUACGGGAGCUUCAUUCAUUUAACGGAUAGAGUUACAACCGAGCCUAGUACUACGCAGUCGUGUCUUCUUGAUUCUGCAAUUGAUGCGGAAUUGGCGAAUUUUGAUUGGAACGCAUUGAGACACAAAGCUACGGAGAAUACGCUUGUUGAUAUUAGCUCAAGUCCAACUAGAUCCCCUAAUUUGAGGAUAUUUGAUACGGCAGACGGCUCUGAUGCUUUAGGCGCUCAACAGUUUAACGGCCUUAGAACCACCAGCCCUAUCAUCAUCGCUGAGGUCGCUGGCAUUGCCACAGCUUCCGGUCGGAAGAGCUUGAGAGCUUGA